UGCGAAAAGCCGGUCGCAUAUCAGCUGGAUCUUGACCUCUCCUAUCCUGUGGAUCCGGAUAAAGGCAAAGCCAAAUUUAACAAGGCCAACAGCAAACUCUUGCUCACGCUUCCCGUUAUACCCGCUGAAAAACCAAGUCUACCGAUGUCUCACGUUGACGAAACACAAGACAACCAACCAACGAAUGACCCGCAGCCCCUAAUCGAGGUACUGUCGUCUACAGCUGCACCAGAAGAUGGAAGUAGCAAUUGUAAAAAACGGAGGCGAAAAAGGAACAAGAGACGGGCAGAAGCGGGUGUCGGAGUCAAACCCGGGGUCACUGCAAGCAGUGAUUCUGAAUCGGGUUCAGGUCUGAUUGAAAAAACCUCGAAAACUGACACCAAUCAUGGUGACGAGUCGACUGCCCAGGCACAGUGUUCGGUUAAAACGGAAAAGCUACCACCCUCGAGCUCAUUGGCCUUAGUUCGAGUUCGUCAGGAUCCGGCCUCCUUCGUAGUGGUUCUCUCCGUCCGCAACGUCCUUCCCACUUCCCUGGAGCUGACGUGGUCCGGCUUUAGCCACAAGGCCGACGAUCCCUCCUACUGUCCUCUCCGUCUGAUGCUGACCUGUGCGAGUCGUGGGGGCGGUGGUUGUACCCUCAAUUGGGGUGUUGUUCUCCACUGUCCGGCCCCCAGACCCGACACACCGCCCGGUGAUGCCGGCGGCGGCGUCGACGACGAUGACGGUGAGCUGGGCGAGCCGCGUUUGCUUCGCUGCGACGUCUCCACCAACAAUGUGGCCCUCAUCUUCGAGAAACCCGCCGCCUGUGGCUGGUGGGACUCUGUUGCGAUUGGUCGUGCCCUCGGACCAGGCCUACAGGAGGUGCCGGUUAUGGCAGCCGCGCCUGACUUGACCGACCUAUCGGUGUGUCCAGCCAACGGCGCUGGGCAAAGGUCACGCCUCUGCCUCACUGUCCACUCAUCCGACUGCGUUGAGUUGUCAAGCAAACCGAGCUUGGAAGGCCAGAAUCAAACCGAAGCACCGCCGGAAGCUGCAGUUCAGCCUUCAGCUCCUCCUCCUCCGACUACCUGCAGGAAACCGUGUGCCGACUCGGACACGGUGGUGCCUCUGAAGGGAAUUCUGAAACAACGCUCAAUAUCAGGUGACGGGGGCGAAAGCAGCCUGGAUGGUAACAUCCAAGCGCCCAUCGGCGGUAGUAUCGGUGUCUCCACACACCUCCUGUGUUCUGACGAGUUUCCAUCGAACAGCGAGAAUGAGCUGGCGCCUUCCGACUUCCCUCCUGUCCACAGGUCUGACUACUUUUCCUGCGACGACUGCGGUCACGAACGCAAAAUCGGCAGACGACGUCUGCACUCGGUCAAUUUCUCUAAAAAGGAUGAGAACGUCUCGUUUUCACCCCACGACCCUGUACAAACCCUGCAUGUUCUGCUUCGAAACAAAGCGAAAAACGCCCGUCGAUCAGAACGCCGCAGAAGGCACAACAGCUUCACUGCGUCCAGUAUCACUCUGACGGAAAUGCAGACGUCCAGUGGUGGCAUUUCGCCUAUGCCUCCCGCAGGUCCAAUUAAUAAUAAGCAGAGGCGGAAACAUCUGCGAAAAUGCAGAAGUGACGAGUGUACUCGAGACCAGGCACUUGAUCGACAGGGGACAGAGAAAACCCCAGUUGAGAAAGAACUGGGUCAGAUUUCCGCCGAAAAUGCCUCCAGCGAGGCGGCUUCCAAUUGUUGUGAUGAAGCACCUCAUAUGUCUUCAUCAUGUCCUGGAAAUGAGGAAAAGAGCGAAGAGUCCGAUGCAACGCAAUUAUCAACUGUUCUACCAACCACCUCGACCACUCCUGCUGGCAAUGAAGCUGGGCCGCCAAGAAUGUGCAAUGGAAGGGGCCUUAUGAGCAAAGACCAGCUAAUGCGCAAUCCGCAUGCCACCACGUGUCCUGUUCCGUUGACUGCAGAUCUUUUGUGGUCUAUUGGUCCCGUCAUCAUGCCACUUAAGCUUAACUUUAAGCGAACACAUCGGUAUAACGUGUCCGCCAAAGAUUUGUUUGUUAUCCCCAUAUAUACGCUAGAUGCAUCAUGCGUGGAAUACACAGUUUCUCCUUCAACUACCGGGCGCGAUGCUCUUGAAUAUGUGGCUCAACGUCUAGAUAUUGAAUAUACCUGCUUUUUUGGAUUUCGAUACGAAUCCUGGACAGACAACCAAAGAUGGCUUUUCUUAAACAAGCCAGUUAAAAAGCAGUUGGAUAAAUACGCCCGUCAGCACGCUCUUGUCUUGAACAUUAUGCUGUUUAUAGAUAACCCACAAUACCUUCCAGACCCAAAACUACGACGUCAGUUCUACCUUCAAUUGAGACAAGAUGUACUAACUAAGCAACUGAAGAUUGCAUCUAAGCAAGCUAUUAAGCUUAUGGCAUAUAGUCUUCAAGCUGAGUACGGUGAUUUUGUUGACUUCGAAACCACUGCCCACUUGUGGCGUGAAAGACCAAUGGUCCCAACGUCGGCCAUUGGAGGAAGCGUUGAGCUUGGGAGCCUCGAACACAUCGAUGAUAUCGUCUGGGGCUACUGCCAACUGCGUGGAGUCAGUCAGGACAACGCCAUAUGGUACUACCUGGACGAGAUCCGCAAACUUUCCAAUUACGGUGUUCAACUCUUCUUUGGUUCUACAGUCACUGGCGAAGCCGCGCAACUUGGGGUGUCUCGGAACGGUUUGACAAUAUCAACAAUAUCUCCUCUCAACUCCUCCGUUUCAAAACAAAAAUGGGAGGAUAUAAAGGAUUUGGCCUACUCUCGGAAGACAUUUACAAUCCAGCUUCUCAAGAAAACGAAGCCCAUACACUUUGUCUUCGAGGAUACACAGGAUGCGAGGUAUCUGUGGAAUUUCUGCAUACAAAUGCACAACAGCUACAUCCAUUAUUGGACACACGUUAGGACCAGUCAAGCAGCGCAUGUUUCCGACCCACCCCCACUUGCGAUUUUGGAGGCAACUCACCAAAAUUUUCAAGCAAAUGUACGCGGUUCGGAGACGUCAGGUGUGGUGGUCAACAACUCCAAUUCGACAACCACAAUCGGCAGCGUCGCUUCGAUGCACGCCGCUAUCAGCCAAGUGACGAACAAUUCACUCACGUCGCUGCAGCAGCCCCACACCAGCCAUCCGGUCAGCUCCUCUUUGCCUGCCUGCGGUUCCACGGACGCGGAACACGAGGCGGCGAAGCCCCACCAAACAACACCGACCCCCGAGUACAAUGCACAAGACGUGGGCGAAGGCAAAGCCCUGAUGGGUCAGUGGAGUGUCCGCAGUGCCGCUGACACGUUGGACUCGCAGAUGGUCGCAAACCGCUGCGUGGCCUGCCUCCCCGUCGCGAGAUGUCUUCGAAGAGGCACCGGGUCAAAACUGUCGGGUCAAGCAACCUUGGGUGGUUUGUCACCGCCGUCGUCGCCGCCACCACCGCAAUCCGUCGAUUCAACACCCCUGAGGAGGCGGCACCAUCACCACAGAAAGCAUCGCCUACAGCAGACUCAACUGCCUGUUACACAGGGCACUACGAGUGCUCAGGAGGCGGCCGCUCGCUACGACAUGAGCCUAGCCGACUCCUCGUCGGGGUCUUCUAGCGAGUCUGAGUUCGAGUCCGAUGUGUGUUCGACGAGUGCGGAGACAAGUUCUUCCAGUAACUCCUCGCGAAGGGGAGAUGGUGACGGCGAUCCACAGCAGCAGCAGCAGCAGCAGCACGGUUUUCGUCGACUGCUUGCCGGAUCCCACACCGGUGUUGGAGCCGCAGUGUCCCUUCGCCCCAUCCUAUCAAGCUUCAAUCAGCAUCACUAUCGACUGCAGCAGAACUGGCGAGAGGAGGGAAUUGUGCCGGGACAAAACCAACGUGGCUCCUUGGCACGACAAAUUCCCGUCGCAGAUGGAAAGUCGAUUACGGGAGAGGGUCACGGUUGGCUUGCCUCGGCCAAGCGCCUCACGAGUGCGCUGUCUGAAUCGCUAACUCGCCGGGCGUUGUCCGCAAAUGCCCCGGCUUUGCUGGCCCGCGCGCCGAAAUCGAUUGGAAUCGCUCAGGUAAUUCGCCCAGAACCAGCUACCAUCAAUUCCACGUCUUCGUCGUUGGAGGGUGGAGGAGGGGCGAUUGACGAGAACCACCGCAGACCCAACAGACCUCCGCUGCCCCCGGGGGGAGCAGGAGGCGGUGGGGGGCCGGUGAGACACCCGCCCCUCGGGUACAACCCCAACGCUCCGCAAAGAGGCGCCUCCGCGGGACCGGCUACUUUAGGGACAACUCCCUCCACUGCUGCCGGCUCGUCUUCUUCCUACCCUCUGCAUCGCUCGCUCUACGAGGUGCCCGCUGAAACCCGCUUUCAGAUCUGCCUCCAGCCGCCGAGUCCACACGGCAGCCAGGAGGAGGCCUCGUGGUGCCUUGUCCAGCACCCCGGCGUGUGGAUCAACCAGAUGAACACCGCCUCCAACAUCACAGAACCUCGGCAACAGGCCCAGCAGCAGGUCUACUUUGAGGGCAAAUCAGUGCAGCCGACGACAAGCAACUCACAGCAGGUCAUGAUCUCUUCCUCGAUGACCUCGUCGUCUACGUCGACGUCGACUUCGUCGGCAGGAGCGGUUGCUGUGGCGGCGUCGGUACCGCGCUCCAAUUCCUCCUCACCUUCCAGUCCAGCGUCUUCAAUCGUUGAGGACGAGAUGAUGCUGAUGCUGAUGGGGAGGGAAAAAGAGGACGAUUCCUCGUCGACGAUGUCGUAUUCGGUGUGUGGCGGAGGCACAACGAGUGGGAAGACGGCGGCGGUUGUUGCGCCCAUUCAAAAGCAGCCACCGGACCAUCAACAGCAGCAGCAGCAGCAGCCGAGACAGCGAUCGCUCUCUGGCAGUGGAAGUCCCCUCCACUUACUAACCAACUCUGACAUCCACCAGCUGCUCAAUCUGACCAAAAUGAGGGAGACGGCUUUGGUGCACCGUCUGUUGGCGGAGUACCGUCAGACGCUGCUGCUCCAGCAGUCGCUCCACACCAACAGCAUGAGUACGCCGAACCUCGCGGCAAGUCAGGAGCUCAACACCGCUUCAAGCGCCAACGGACCUUCCAAUUCUGGAAAUGGUGGUGGCGGCGUAGCUGCGCAGUCCUUCGGAGCGAACUGCUGCCAUCAGCGUUGCAACGCUCAGCGGCGAACGGAGUCUCGCGAGCCGAGUGGAUCGUGCCCGGACAACGGCGGCAGCAACCGUGGUAACAACAGAACGUCGUGUUGCGCCCACCAGACUCCACGUGGUCACCAACUUUUCGAGUCGUCUAACUACGUGAAUGCCUGUGCCUUCCAGUGCCACCAUGGCUGUCUGUGUGGCUCCAAUCCCAUGCAAACUAGCGUGCACAGCACAACGGACAACGACUCAAACGCCACAUUCAGAGUGCUCUCUGAGGCGGACGGCGGCCGGAACCAAUAUCCAAGCAGUCGCCAUGGCAGCAACCACCAUCGUCAUCAUCGUGAGCAUCAUCAUUUUCACCAGCACCACUACGAGGACUCGUGCACCAACAGCAGUGACCUCAUGACCUCGUCGAUUUGCUCUCAACAGGGCUGGAACAUGGUUGCCAAGUCGAGCUCUUUCCACCACCAGCCCCACUGCCUGGGCAGUGGCCGGUCACGACACGCGCAUGAGAUGUGCAAGUCGGCAACACCCGAUAACUUUCGUCGGCAAACACGUUGUGACAGUCCCGUUAAAGCUGACCUUCCGGACAUGAUUGUCGGUUUGCCACAGUCGACAUCGGGACAAGUGCAUGAGACCACAGAACGGCGUAUAAGCAGCGACCUCACAGCAGCCAAUUCCCCGCCACAACUAUCUGCUGGUUUCGGUCGCAGCAGAACCUUCACACACUCACCGCCUGGCCACGUGGGAAUGCGCGUGGCCUUCGCGCACGACUUCGAAAGAGGCGGCGGCAGUGGACAUCCGCUAGUCGGGGAAUACGAAAAUCUCGAGGCCGAUUCGCCGCCUGUUAGCUCCGUCAACCCGAAAUCCACCACCGAUGUUUCGGCCAAGUCUUCAAGCUCCGAUAUUUCGUUCGAGGACUUCAAGUUUACCCAGCGGCUUCAACGACGCAACCCCAAGUCGAAACUCUCGACUGCCCAGUGUGAGGCGUCGUGUGACCGACAUCACAGCUGUGUCCACCGAGGCCACCACGACUGCCGCUGCGUGAACGCAUCUGCUGCACCGUCAAAACGGUCAACCCUUCCGAGCACGUCGUGCGACGAUGGAGGUGGGCACGUCCAACUGUGCCGUGAGCACCUUCGAGCCUUGGAGAAACUCAAAGCACCGAAAGACGUCCACGUCGACACUCCCAUGAUUCAACGGAGGAAGCAGAAGAGGAAGGCGCAGAAGCACAAGCAGCCCUGUUACAGCUACUGUUCGCAUCGAUUCGUAGGGAAGGCGCAUUCCUUCGAUCCCUACCAACAGAAGUCAUCCUCGCUGAGACACAGGUGCUCCGCGAGUCCUGUUUUCAGUGUCGAGGGUGUUGAGUCGCGGUGUGAUUUAUGUCGCAGACAGCGACGGUGGAGAGUGGACUUUGGAAGGCGGAGGUGUUCCUGUGAAGGCGCAGGUGGAUCCGACGACAACGGUGGAGCUUCUGACGAGGAGGAAGACGAGGAGGACGGAUUCUCGUCUUCGCGCGCCGCAAGCGACUCCUCCCUGACCUCCUCCCUGCCUGCUGGCAUUCGAGACGCCGCUUCGAUCAUGGUCUCGUCUUACGAGUUUGAGUGCCAGCAGCAGCAGCAUCAGCAGUCUCACACGUCCUUCGACAGCGUCAGUGGUGGCGCUGCAUUUCGUCGAUGCAGAAACAAACCACCGACGCCCAAACCAGCUGAAGAUAGACGCGGGCUGCCAAGUCGCAUGCAGCACGUCAACUUUUGCGAUGAGAAGCAUAAAAUUACCGCGAAAACCGGACGAGCGAUGCAAAUCAGUCCACCGCAGAAGCUCGCGGUUUCCCCACCAACUGCUGAAGGUGUGGGGAGGGCACAGCGUCCACGGACGCUUCUACCUUCAUCGGCGUCUUCUCAGAUGGAAGAUCGCCAGCCAGACACGCCAUCGACGCGACACGGCGGAAGACUGGCUGGGAGUCGAGAGGUUACGCCAGUGCGACGUGUUGGAGGAGCAGGCGGAGGCAAUUUGAGGCUGUCACGGACCUUGACCCCCGACGGCCCAACCAACUUUCAGACGGGUGGAAGCGGCGGUGCAACGCCGGGCGGAGGUGGCCUGCUCUACACCGCGUCGAUGACCUUCACGCCCUCGUCUUCUUCGACGGCGUCUGCGCGCGGACAGAAGUCCGGUGGAUCGACUGGAGCUGAGACAAACGCUAGUGGAAAGGAAAAUAUGCAACAGACGCGGUUUCAGAGAGGUCUCGCGUACAAUUCGCCCUCGGCAGCAUCAAAUAGGGGCAGUGAGGAACGACCCAACCCCUUCUCCAAGAAGGCCCACACACCAGCUGAAAAGCGAAAAACCAACGAGUUUGGAGGAAGCGUGUUGGAGAGGGCAAAAAAGGGUUCCCCUGACGCCGCCGACGCUGUGACGGAGUUCAGGGACACAAACGACGCCGGUUGGAGAUCGAGGUGGGACUUCGUUUCUUCGGGACCCUCCGCAGCCACGGCGUCUUCGCCGUACUUCCGCAUCAGCCGACGCAGGUCCUUGCACUUCUGCGCCAUGCGCGCACGCACCUUCACUGGGUGCACGCCGAAGCGUUGGUUGAUUUUCGCUUUAAGGCACAAAACAAGAUUACAAACCCUCAUCUACCGUACUUAA